GAAUACUUCAUUCUGGCGAAGAAGAAAGAACAUUCCAGAUGAAUUCAUCAGCAACUUCUAUGGCCGCACUGAUUGCAACUUCUGGUUAUCUUUUUGUAUUUUUGCUUAUACAAGGUAAACUUAACUUGUGGAAUUUUAGAAAUUGGCUAGAACAUUAUUUCUUGCUUAGCUUCUGACAAUAUCAUUCAAGUGGUAAUCCCAAGAACGUCGGUCUCAAAUGUCAAAUAGGAUACUCUAGACGAUGCCCAGUUUUAAGCCUUACAGACGUCCAUAAUUGGUCACGUAAUUGUUUACUUUUAAUUCUGUUUUCAGACUAAGUAUUGCUUGUAGUUAUAUGAAAUAUACAAUACUAUGUCAAACUGACCGUAAGCAGCUGUUCUCAAUUCAGGAAACAAUUUGCAUACUUAAGACAAAACGUCGCAGUCACUGUAUCAAUGUAUCACAUCAUGCACUGUAUCAAUGUAUCACAUCAUGCACUGUAUCAAUGGAUGAGGUAUCACAUCAUGCACUGUAUCAAUGUAUCACAUCAUGCACUGUAUCAAUGUAUGAGGUAUCACAUCAUGCACUGUAUCAAUGGAUGAGGUAUCACAUUAUGCACUAUAUCAAUGUAUCACAUCAUGCACUGUUUCAAUGUAUGAGGUAUCACAUCAUGCACUGUAUCAAUGUAUGAGGUAUCACAUCAUGCACUGUAUCAAUGGAUGAGGUAUCACAUUAUGCACUAUAUCCAUGUAUCACAUCAUGCACUGUAUCAAUGUAUGAGGUAUCACAUCAUGCACUGUAUCAAUGGAUGAGGUAUCACAUCAUGCACUGUAUCAAUGUAUCACAUCAUGCACUGUAUCAAUGUAUGAGGUAUCACAUCAUGCACUGUAUCAAUGGAUGAGGUAUCACAUUAUGCACUAUAUCAAUGUAUCACAUCAUGCACUGUAUCAAUGUAUGAGGUAUCACAUCAUGCACUGUAUCAAUGGAUGAGGUAUCACAUCAUGCACUGUAUCAAUGUAUCACAUCAUGCACUGUAUCAAUGUAUGAGGUAUCACAUCAUGCACUGUAUCAAUGGAUGAGGUAUCACAUUAUGCACUAUAUCAAUGUAUCACAUCAUGCACUGUAUCAAUAUAUGAGGUAUCACAUCAUGCACUGUAUCAAUGGAUGAGGUAUCACAUCAUGCACUGUAUCAAUGUAUCACAUCAUGCACUGUAUCAAUGUAUGAGGUAUCACAUCAUGCACUGUAUCAAUGGAUGAGGUAUCACAUUAUGCACUAUAUCAAUGUAUGAUGUUUCACAUCAUGCACUAUCUCACUGUAUGGCAGCAUGCACUGUCUCACUAUAUGACAGCAUGGUUUGACUUCGGUUAGCGCUGUUUGCAGAAUAUUGUUCAAUAUUUAACAGCGAUUCAACAGAGAUGAUCGUUUUAACUUUUUUGCAUUCUUCUUUCGUAUUCUCCUAUAUUUUAUUUUAGGAAAAAACGUGGGUAAAUGUAACUAUACCAUUAGAACUUAACACUUACCUCACCAAUAACUAUCAGCGGCUAAAAUCCUGGUAGCCUUGCAUGUUCUAAUAACUAGUGUGCUAUUGGACUGUCUGAAUUGACGUUCUGGGGACUGGCGUUCAAGUCACAGUCCUUUUAACCUUAAAAAAAAAAAAUGUAAUCUGUCAAUAGAUAUUUUCCAACUUGUUUGUAGGUGCCUUAAGCCAGAGUGUGUGGCUUCAUUCAUGGGCUACACAAAGUAUCUCUGGGUGCGUGCGUGGUCUGAUAUCUGAGAAGGACAACUAUAUCGUUAAGGCCACAGUCAAUGCGACGGCGCCAGUCUUAUCAAACUUGGUCGAUUUCCAAAUCAUGUGGACCAACGAGACGGAAUUUAAAAGCGUAAGUCUUCAUAAACUUCUUUAUGAACUAAAGAUAUUAUUAUAAAUGUUAUUAUGAUUUACAUUCGAUUUUAAGAAUUAUGUGUUAAUGUUUAUUUUUAUUUUUUAAAACUAUUCUUUUUAAUAGAACAAUACUUUUAAAAAUGUUCUUGAUAAAAGAGUUUUGAGACACAAAUAAUUCUAAAUAAGUAAAUACUUGUUCAAGUCAUUAGAAGCAGUGGCGCGUCGAGGGUGUUUGGCGCCAGGGGGGGGGCAAGAUUUGCGCCCAGGGGCAAGGUUCAUUUUAAAGCGCCCGCUUGUCUUUUUUCUCAAACCCGUUAUUUUUAUAAAUAAAAUAAUAUCAAGGCACAUUGUGGCGGCCUUAACUAGCUUGCGCCCGGGGUCUUCUUUCCCCCUGCCCCCUUCGCUACGCCUCUAAUUAGAAAAAUCGGUUUGUGGUUAACAAAAUAAUAACCCUUCAUACCCCUGAUUACUUUCAUACCUUCAUACCUACUAGCUGAUGUCCCACCUUCACUGUUAUUGGCUAAUGUAAUACCACUUUAUACACAGAUCUGUACACUCGACAUCAUAACAUGCGCCAUGCCCAGCAGCAAACUUUGCUACUGUGCUUCAAAAGUAGGAACUAUUUAUGAGGUGGUUCUAAACAGAACGGUCAGUGCUGUUGAGAGCAAGGCCUACAUCAGGUUAAGAUGGGCAAACACUUCUGGCAGCAAUGCUGUCGAAAGUAAUGUCCUUAGACUGCCAGACAUUUACGGUAAAUAUUUUUUGGAGCUUAUUUGAUUUUCCAAAUAUUUUUGUUGUUAGAAUGCUACACAAUGUACUUUUACAUUUCUAAAAGAUGUAUUUAGUUGUCAUAGACAUUCCUAAAACUUAAUUUAUUUUAUGUUAUAAGUAUACUUGAUUCGUAUGUAUAUUAUAUUUAUUCUUUAAGAUCUGAACUCCGUGAGUUCAGUGUUGACGAUAGACGGCAGGAACACAGCCUGCCCAGUGAAUGUAACACACUCCUCUGUGUUCAAGUUUCGAUGUCAAAACUCACCAUCUCCAUGUCGGCUAACAAUAACUUUGGACAACGCAAAAUCGAUGAGCGGUGAUGACGUCAUAACGUACAAUGUGCCCACUAAUGUAUUGGCAACUACAUCACAUGUUUUGACGUUUACGUAUUCUGUUUGUGGAAGGCCUGCAACUAGUUUCGAAUGUCAAAUAUCAAUAGGUAAUUGUUGUUGUUUUUUAUUUAUAUAUAUAUAUUUGACCAGGCUUGCCUUUUGGAAUGAUCACAAUUAAUUUAGGAAAUUUUAAAAGCUCUCUUUGAAUUUUGAUUUUUUUUCUUAAUUAAACACUUAAGCAUUCGUUUUUGAAUACUUCUGAAAUAUUAAUUUGAUUUAAUAUUACAAUAGUUUGUACAUUUAAAAAUCCAGAUUGAUUUUUUUAUUUUUUUUUUAAAGAUCAAUGUUUAUAAUUUUUUUUAAAGCAUGAAAUAACCUAUAAGUAUCUUAGUGUUUGGAUCACAUUUAAAAUGCAAUCAAUUACGUCAAAAGUGGUCUUUAAAGAGCUAAAGCUGUUCUAUAAUAUGUAAACUAAGUUGUGGGAUAAUAAAAAGUUCGGUAAUCAUUAUGUCUCUCUACUUUUUUUUUUUAAUCGUACUCCUUAUAUUUUUUUUAAAAAACUCAAAAUAAAUCGGACGCAAUUAAUAUAUAUGUCCACUAUUUCCCGUCUCCAGAAAUCUUCUCAGAGUCGUUUUACCAUUUUCCAAAAAUCCAGGAAAAAAAAAUGGGGUGGGGAGGGGGGCAAUUGCUGAUAUAAUAACACGAGAAAGGUUUGAUAUCUGGUCAUCUGUUUACAUAGCCAAAGGAGGGGGAUGAAAAUUGACUGAUAAUGUUGACAGGUUUAACGGAUGUGUUCUUUCAAAAAAUAUUUGUAAUAAUUGAUUAGAAUAUAUGACUAAAGUUAAAUCUGUAUUGCAAAAUUUAUUUAAUAAUGGAUACGUUCUCACCAUUUUCUUUCGUAAAUGUAUAACUAGUUUUUGUUUUCAUCUACACGACAAGUCCAAUGUUCCCCUUUGGCCAUCAUAGCGCUCAGUAACGGAUUAUUUUUUUCAUCGCCUUACAAAUAUUAUUUUGAAUUUGCCUGAUAUUGUCCUUUUCUUUUUUCGCCAUUUAGUUCUUAAAUAUCAUCCUUUUCUCUUAUAUUGCAUUAACUGCUAUUACCUUGAUAUGUCUUUUGGCAAUCACACAAUCUAGCCGCAUAUUCAAAUAUGUAUUUUUUUGGGAGCAUAAGUUAAUUUUGUAAGCCCAAUACCUCGUCAAAUGUGCUGAUAUAUCAAUUUGAAAUAUUUUCAAACAAAUGUUAAAAUUUUAAUUUUUUAAAUAAAACUAAAUGUAGACAUUUUUACGUCGACUUCCGUGUCAACACAUGUCCAACCAUCUCCUAACGCUCACCCUAUUUCCUUGGCCUUAUUUCUAGAUUCGCCAAAAAUGCAUUAUAAAAUUGAUUUAAAAUAUUUUUUUUCAUUUCAUCAAUCCCUGUGGUGCUUCAGCACAUGUAGGGCUACGACCUGCCUUACUACUUCCUUCCACUGAAAGCUAAAUAAUGCCUUUUCUUCUCAAUGCUUGGAUUCCAGUAGAUAUGUAUAUAAAAUUCGAAAGCCAUAUGCAAAAUAAAUGUUAAGUACUUUAAAUUCCAGAUCCAUCGUCAUCUUCGCCCUAUUGCAAAGAGUCGUGUUUAGCAUUGUUUGUCAUAUUUAACAUCAUCACGAUUGGUGCUAUUGGAGUUGGCAUAGCAACACUAUGUUUACGUAAGUAUUUAAAGCCAUAAAUAAGAGUUGCUUUUAAAUUUAUUUAAUUUAGCUUAAAAUCUGUUUCGAUUUAAGUACCUUCAUCCGAUAGUAUUCCAAGGGGGGAAUCAGCCAUGGAAUAUAACAUCUUCGAAAAAGGAUCGAUCCACUAUAAUUUGUUUACACCAGCCUAUAUAAAGCAGUAUACCCUUCUUCUGCAUUAACUAUCAAAUUAAAACAAAAAGUGAGCUGCUGAGAAUGUGCUUCUCAAUGUACCCACUCUGCCCUACAACCCGAGAGUACAAAUUAUGGGCCACCAAACGACAUGUCUGGAGUACUCUGCUGUUGAGUCCACCCUCCCCCAUGCAGUCAUUCCACUGACUACAUAAACAGCGGCAAUUCCAACCAAGGAGCAACUGGUUGUUGGUGGUCUAUACCUUAUGAAGAGCUCACAAAUUAGAUGGGACGAAAUUGUUGCCUAGGACCAAUCUUUUCGCCGGUUGUAAAUAUGAAAUAUUGGAAUGAUUUCCUACUACCCAUGCAUCAUAUCCCUUCAUGGCAGCCAGCAAGCGUGAUCCCGACCUGUUUCUUACGUUAUUUCCAUUUGUUACCAUACAGUUACCAUACAUUUACCGUAACAGCUGUGCUCUUCUUUGACUCCAAACAAAGGUCACUACAAUGUUGGUACUCCCCCCCCCCUCCCGCCCGUAAUACCAGGGGCUCGGUGGCAGCGUCUCGUGAUCAGCUGGCCACUACAGACGUGUCGAAUUAAAUUCUAGGGCCUGCAUUUUUACCCCUUGCUGUGUUUAAAUAAAUGUUACUGCUUUAGAUAAAAUGACACCUCGAUUUUUACAUCUUUUUAUCAUAAGUAUUUAUUGUUAACAUGUUAUCUUAAAUGUCAAUUACAACAUACUUUCGUGUUUCCGUUUUUUCAGUCAAUAAGAAUAGCAUUUGUCUCUUAAAGAACAUAAUAGAUUUUAUGAAUAAGCAUAAAUUGUUAUGCAUAUCUUUUGGACUACUUGCCAUUCUGGAUAUAGUGCUGCUUAUCGUUGGCGCGGCAGAAUAUCCUUAUCUUAGCCGUAAGUAUAACCUCUGCAUGUUGGUAAUUAUAAUUUUAGUGAAAGCAGAACAAGUUGUUUAUUUAGGUAUAAUCAACAGCUCUAUUUUACAUACCAGGGAGUCACAAACUCGCCUCCCUUACCAAUCUACGUCGUUACAUUAAAUAUAUUAUAUAAGGAGCUAAAGGAGAUAAGUAAAAUCAAAGAUGUGAUGAAAAAAAUCGACAAUUUUUUUUCAAUAAAAUUGCUAAUUACUAUGGCAAUUAUAUUAAAAAUCUUAACAAACAAUCAAAACACUCCUAUUGACACGUUAUAAGAUGGUGAGUUUACCACUGAAAACCACUAUUUCGUACGUUAGGAAUCUCUAGUACAGUACUACAUUUUUUAUGCCACGUCUGUUCACAAAGUAUUUAUAUUGAAAUAUUUUAAUACAACUGAAAGUUCGGAAAUUAGUUGUCUUUUUUUUUUUUUAGCCGGCAAUGUACGGCAAUAUGCGUAACUGUCGAAAUGAAACAUUUCAAAUGUUUGAUACUUCGACAAAAUUAAAGCAACCUAGAAAAUAAUUUAAUGUAAAAGCUAGGUUUCAUAAUAUUUCUUUUUUAUUAAGUCAUCUUUAAUCACUAUAAGAUGUUUUGUUGUUCUUGUUUUGUUUUUUUGUUUGUUUGUUGUUUUUUUAUUUAAUUUGGGCGUCGAUAUAUGAAUGGAGAGAUAUUCUUCACAUAAUUUUUGUUUCAAAUUCCUCAGCAGGGCAUACACUUGUGUUUUAUACAAACAAUUAUAUGUUACAUAAACAGCUAUCUGCAGUUUCUUUUUUUAAAAUAUGUAACGUUACUCAUUAGAUUAAUUUACCAUUAACCAACAAUUGGUUAUGCUCACAUUUCAUUUGUAUUGACGUAGAGGGCUCUUUAUACCUUGGAGAAAAUGAAAUGCUAUUUUUUUCCAAUAAAUUCAUCAAAUAUGUGUAAUUGUUUUUCUUUUGUUUACAACGUUAAAUUUCAUAAUUAAUUAUUAAAAAAUGCAACGUUAAAUAUUUUACUAGUUGAAUGAAUAGGAUGUGAUUUUUAUUUUUAUUUUUUACUUUGGAUUGAAGCCUUUUUUUCUUCUUUUUUUUUUUUUCUUCCUGUCAACAGUUGAAGGACCGGGUACCGAACUAAACGUGUGGAAAGUAAUGUUGAUUAUCUUUUGUGUUGCCAAUUUUGCAUUGAUAUUUCUUGCUGUGAUGUUGGUGAUUAUAAAGCGCACCAUACGUAAGUACUCCAACCAUUGUUAUUGUUUGACGUCACCCUAUUUUAGUCGUCACUAUUUAAAAAAACCAGGAGAAGUUAGUGUCCAGCUUUAUAAAGAACCAUCCUGGUGCAGUCCUUGUUUUAUCUCCAGAUAAAUAAUGUCGUACAUUGCAUAUCAUUAAAAGCUCAGAGGUAAUUUACUCUUGUGGAUUUUACUCUUAUAGAGCUUACUCUUAUAGUAUUUUCUCUUGUAAAUUGUGCUCUUAGAGAGCUUUCUCUUAUAUAUCUUUCUGAUAAAUAGCAUACUCUAAUAUAGCUUACUCUUAUAGAGCUUACUAUUAUAGAGCUUAAUCUUAUAGAGCUUACUCUAUAGAGCUUACUAUUCAGCAUGCGUUCCGCACACUAUAACAGUAGCAGACUCCUGGCCAUACAGAUUUGAGCUUAAUAAGUUCUUAUAAGCAAAACUCUACAUUUAAAAAGAACAUCAUUCUAGAUACUUUUAAACUCAUUAUUCCAACACGUGUAUGGGAUUGAUCGCCCUUGCUUAAGCCGUGAACACGUCCAAAUCAUGCACGCUAAAGUCAUCCAUGAUUUUUUUUUUUUUAAUUUUUUUUUUUUUUUUUUUUUUUAAAUUAAAUUUCGGCGUAAACUAGAAGUUAUUAACUCAUUCUAAAGGGCAAUAAUGUUAGCCAACCAAACUUUAAUUUUCCCUGCUGAUGUGGGAAUUCAUCGUCUGACAUAAACCGCCGAUGUUACAUACUAAUCAAGAUGACUAGCAUAUCACAGAAGAAACAUUCUUCACCUCAGGAACUAUUUGAAGAAAAAUGAUGUUGUAAAGCUGAAAAAAGAUACUGGUAUAUUACAACCCACACAUUUUACCCCAUAAACCUAAGAUCAGCUUGAUGAGGGUACAUUUUUCUCUUAAAGCUAGGACCUUACCGAUAACAUAAUUCUUUUGCUCCCCAAUAUGUACGAAUUUAACAGCGUGCUACCCAGAGGUCACAAAAUCUAAAUGAUCACUAAUUAAGUCCCUUAUUAUAAGUAUGGGAGGCCACUGCCUGGCUGGGUUUUUUUUUGUUUGAGCUAGAGAUUUAAUUAAUUUAGAUGUCUUGUGUUUAAAUUGUCUUAGUUGGAUAAUGUUGACUUUAUUUAAACGUAUUUUGUGUGUGCUGAAAAUGUAGCCUAUAUGUACAAUGUAAUCAAAAUCCUUUCCAUUCAGUUGGAUCACUAAAAGUACCGAAUCUUUUUGAAAAAAAAAACAUUGAAUGUGAUAAAAGUAUUACAAUAAUUACCAACCAAUUUUAUCGUGUAUAUUUUAAUAUAAAAAGUAUGACGUUGUUUACGUGUUACAUAAAUGUUUCAGAAAUUUUACCUACAAAGCAAAUUAGUGUAUACAUGUUGGUUUUGUUUUCUUCAGGUACAGGUGGUUAAGAAAGUCCAAGUACUUCUAAUUCAACCAAUGGUAAGUAGUCUUAAUUUUGCCAUUAAAGUAUCAUACAGCAAUAUACAAACCACGACACACUUUGUGACAUACAUAUGUAUAUACAUUAUUAUAUUGUUGCAAUAAUCGAUUUACUUAAUUUUGAAAAGUUUCAAAGUCAACAUUUACAUAAAAUACUCGUCAGUGUGACAGGAGACUGUGUGAUAUUCCACACCGACACCACACACUGUUUUUUAUGUUACUUACAAUAAAAUAAAACUACGCGUUUUUAAGUUCACAUAUUAAUUAGUGUAAUAUUACAAUUUAAUGAUAAAUAUGAGGACAAACUUUUUUUGAUUCACGAAUAUCUUACUUUAUAUAGAAUUUCAAACGUCACAGAAAAAAAAAAGCGACAUGAAUUAAACGGAACCUAGACCACUGGAUCUGACCUUAGCAAUCAUACAAGACGUACCACGUCAGUUUCAGGGCUAUUAAUUGACACAUUUUUUUAUUUCAUUGUUGUUUUUAUGAUUUCUUUUUUUUUUUAAAAAUGUAGAAUUUUUCGUUUUAAGUUUUAGAAAAUAAAUGCAUCAUUAUUCAAAGUGACACUCGAUUUGUUAAAAAUAUAAAAGUUGUUUGCUUGAAAAAGAGGUAAAAUAAUUCAGUUUCCUUUAUAAAACUUUAUAUAUAUAUAAAUAUGUAUACGAUGCAAUGGUCAAAGUAUUUGUGAG